AUGCAGCCUCGGGGUCCUCGCCAGGUUACGGCCUCUCCCCCCGCGCUUCCCCCUCUGCCCUCACCAGUCCCGCAACUCUCGCCCCCCCCGAUUGCGCUGCUUCCUCCAGUCAAGCCUCCGCCGCGCGCGCCUGAGCCUGCGCCGCCUUCGCCGUGCCCAAUCAACGAACAGGGAGUCUUUCACCUGCUACAGUUCGAGGCGCGCGCGGACGGGAGCACGGACAACACGGACGCGUUUCGACGCUCACUGCAGACCGCGUGCGCGUGGGGGGAGGCGCGGAGCGCGUACGCGCGCGUGGUGGUCCCCGCGGGCGGGCUGUUCCAAACCUUCCCCGUCGAGCUUAAGGGGCCGUGCGGCGCUGGCUUGGAGGUGCAGAUCAACGGCGGCAUUGCCGGGCCAGCCAAUGUGACCUCCUACCCCAAGCCACAAAAGAGCGAUGCCAACCCAGGAGGUGCACACCUCAAGGUGCAAAACAGUGACGAACUGCUUAUAGAGGGGAUAACCAUUCUCAGCCCAUUCAACAGCCCCAACACGGACGGCAUUCAGCUAUCCAAGGUCGAGAAUGCCAUCGUACGAAACAGCUAUCUGGAGAGUGGUGAGUGA